AUGGGUGCUUCUGGCUUUCUCCAGAGAGACGCCAGGCAUUCCGGGGAGGCAGAAUCCAGCGGUGUAGAACCCCAGGCGGGGACUGAGCUCCCAGGGAUUCCGGGAGAAUCUCCCCCUUUCCGCAUCCCCCAGGAGAAAAGACAAAUCGGGAACUGGGAACCGGGAACGCGGUCGGGGCAGCCCCUCCCGAACUGGAGCCCCGGCGCUUGGCACCGCCUCCCUGCGGUUCGUCGCGCGGCCGCGAGCCUUGGGCGGAGCAAGCGUCGGCCCGCCCUUUCUCCUCCAGCGCCCUCGGCUGCGCCCAGGGCGCCCUUCCUUCCUUCCCCUUCGUGGGCUCUUACCCCCUCUUCUCGACCGAAACCUUUCCUCUUACUCCCAUCGCUUUUGCUGCGCCUCCCUCUGCUCCCUACCCACGCUGCCCCCUUUCACUCAUUUCUUAACUUCCUUUUCUUUUUUCUCCUGGCGUUUUCUCCUUUUCUCGUGAACUUUGCCGCCUGUGAGCAGCCGGAUUGCCUCACUAAAAUAGAACAAAUUAACUUCAACCCCACGCACGGCUGUCCGUCACUUGCCAAGGAAAUUUUCGCAAUAAGAACUAAUGCUACACUCAUUCUCCAGUGCCCAGGCUACUAUGGAAUUCAGAUAAAUACUCAGGCAAUGAAGAAAAGAAAGAACAGAGAAGUCACAACAAACAAAUGCCUGGAACAUGUCUCAUACUUAAUAUAUUUGUGGCAUCGUUUCAGUCGCAUUUCUUAGAAACAAAAUAAGCCUUCGUUCACGUCUUAUUUCAAGUAACUAAAUAAAUAUUUAUUAGGUAGAUGGAACAUUAACUCUAACUGUGACAUUUAAAGGAUCACAAAUCAUUAUUUUUUUAAUUACAGGAGUCUUAACUUAUUUUUGUAAACUUUUAUUGUUUAAUGUAGAUCUAUAAUGUGGGAGAAUAACCCUCAAAUGUCGGGGAAGACUUUGUAGCUUUGAUGCCUCAGCCACUAGCUUUGUGACAGUAACUCUUUAGCUGGAACUACAUAAGCCUUACUCUAGGGGAAGAAUCUAAAAGUGAAGUUGCAGGAGGGCUUUUUCCCUUGAAAAAGAAGGUUAAACUGAAUAGCAUGUAAACCUCUGUUUAAAAGGCAGGUAUUUCUUCUAGAUGUGCUGACACUCGUGUUCUCAUACUCAAAAUUCACAAAAGAAGAAAAUAAAAGCAAAAGGGGCUGCACAAAAAAAUUGUACCUAGAGUGAAGCCAUUUGAAAGAACUUCCAAGCAAAAUAUUGUGAAAAUACUUAAUUUUAAAAGUGAUCUGACAGAGUGGUGUAUGCAAGCAGAUCCUGAAGAACUGCCUUUGUUAAAGCUAAAAUAUAUAUAUUUUUAAAACUAUGGACUAUAUUUUAAUUUAUUUUGUGAGUAUUUUUAAGAUGUAUAUAUUCCUCUAUAAUUGACACUAUCUGUAUUUCUUAAUAAAACAAUUUUCAAAUUG